CAACAGGCACAGCAGGGAAGUCAUAAGACUUCCUUUUUCACAAAGGUCAUUACACGUACCCAGCUGGCUGAGAUCUUUUGGCCAGCAGCAUGGGGCGGCUUGAUGGGAAAGUAAUACUUCUGUCUGCUGCAGCACAAGGGAUUGGAAAAGCCACUGCUAUCGCUUUUGCUAAAGAAGGAGCCAAAGUCAUUGCUACAGACAUCAAUAAGACUAAGCUGCAAGAACUGGAGAAGUAUCCAGGCAUUCAAAUACGGGUUCUGGAUGUCACCAAAAAGCAAGAGAUAGAAGAGCUGGCAGAGGAAAUUGAAAGGAUAGAUGUCCUCUGUAAUAUUGCAGGGUUUGUUCAUCAUGGGACCAUUCUGGAUUGUGAAGAACAAGACUGGAACUUUACUAUGAACCUCAAUGUUCGCAGCAUGUAUCUAAUGAUCAAGACAUUCCUUCCUAAAAUGAUUAAACAGAAAUCUGGAAAUAUUAUAAAUAUGUCUUCUGUGGCAUCCAGCAUUAAAGGAGUGGUGAACAGAUGUGUAUACAGUACUUCCAAGGCAGCAGUUAUUGGUCUAACAAAGUCUGUGGCUGCUGAUUUCAUUGAACAAGGGAUCAGAUGCAACUGUGUAUGUCCUGGAACUGUUGACACACCAUCUUUACAGGAAAGAAUCAAAGCCCAGCCUAACCCAGAUCAGGCACUGAAAGAUUUCCUAGCCAGACAGAGGAUUGGCAGGAUGGCUACUGCUGAAGAAGUGGCCCAUCUCUUUGUGUACUUGGCUUCUGAGGAAUCUGCCUACAUGACCGGCAAUGAAGUUGUCAUUGAUGGAGGAUGGAGCCUGUGAUCAACUCUACCUGCAGAUGGAAAUCCAUACAAUGAAAGGCAAAAAGUGAGGAUCAUGUUUCUCAGUUAAGAGUUUUCAAAGUUUUAAAUCAUUUAUGGGAUGUAUUCUAGAACAAAUUUGGUGCAUUUUUAUGGUUAUGUGGUCUCAUUCUACGUCUCAGUCUUGUUUUUAGCAAAUCUAAAUGAAAGAAAUUAAUGCCAUCAUUAUUCUCAGCCUAGAAAAUAUUUAGAAUUUAAACAUUCACAAUUCUUAGCAGCAUUAAGAAAUUAUCCAGAGAAAACAGACUACUUUUAAAGCAGCCAAAAAAUUAUCAAGUUUAAUAUUUAUUUUAAACAACAGAAGAAAGCAGAAGUGGCAUAUGAAAUGAUUUUGUUACUCAUGACAGACAUCUACUUUUAGAGAGCACACUAGAUCUUGCAAAUUAUACCUGAAAAUCUAUCCUGCUUUGCAGACUUGUUUCUGCUCACUUCUAUCAUUAGCAGAAUGGUUUCUGAAUACAGUAAUGACUAUAGAAAAAUAGUUUGUGUUGGACUGUUGAAAAGAAUCUGACUUGAGACUAACAUCCAGAGUAGAAGGUGCAAGACUGUCAGAGACACUGGAUAUACAGUGCAUGGGCAGAAGAAAUUCCUGCACCUACAGUAAGGAGUCAGUGUACAUGCACAGCUGUUUUCUGCAACUACCAUAUCCAUUUUCCCAUACACUGGACAAGUUAGACUGUUGGAAUUUUGAACAAAAGGAAGUCAUAGCCCAAAAAGCUAUGACCAUUAGAAGCAGUAGGACUGGCUGCCUUGUAGUUCCACAGUGUUUUUUGUUUAGGCAUAUGAAGAUUAUAGACAUUGUCUUUGUGAAGCAGAGAUGAUAGAAGAUAAAUUGUUAUAAUGGCUGUUCACAGAAUCACAGAAUGGCCAGGAUAGGAAGGAACCUCAAUCAUGAAUCUCCAACCCCCUGCCACAUGCAGGGCCACCAACCUCCCCAGUUAAUGCUAGACCAGGCUGUCCAGGGCCCCAUCCAACCUGGCCUUGAACACCUCCAGGGAUGGGGCAUCCACAGCCUCUCUGGGCAGCUUGUUCCAGCACCUCACCACUCUCUCUGUAAAGAAUUAAGACUAUGCUCUCCACAUGCUGUAAGCCUUACAGAAUCAUGUAGUUUUGCAGUCAGUUUCAAAAUUAAUACUUUUACUAGUACCAAAGAAGUCUGAGAAAAACUGAGGCCCAAACUAUUUCAUUAGUGGCAUAUUCACUCUUAAAAUGGUUUUGAAAAUAUCUUUUUCUUCUGUUUUUCAUGUGCAGAACACUAUUCAAGAAUAUCACUCUGAUAGACGUAUAUGUGUAAGCAGUGUUCUUAGAUACACAUGUGAAUUUUCCAGAAUGUAUUUUACUUCUGGUAUAAAGCAAAAGGAGAGAGAUUUUUACCACUCUAGAUAGAGCAAAUAUGUUCCUCUCCCAGAAGGAUUUACUAGUGAAUGUACGAAUACAGGACAAAUAUUAUCAAUUCUACAGAUUAGGUUUUGUGCUUAGAUAUUCCAUUGCUUGACUCUCAGACAGAAACAUAGUUCUUGCUAAAAAUUAAAACUAAACUUCUCUCAAAAUGAUUGUAUCUACAAGAGUUUGUAUUGAUAUUUUUAUCAUAGUAGCACAAUGGAGCUUUGAUUUAUGAAUCGGAAACUGUCAUGGUAAAGAAUCAUACUGAGAAGAAG